AUGGCCACUUUCUUAUCUAAAUUCACCAAGAUUCCUCUCAAGGAGAUUUCUAAAGCUGCAGAGUCGCUUUUUCCCGAGCUCAAUGCCGAGGCCAAAGCAUUGGCUGCUCAGUUCACAACCUUGUCUCUUAGACUCAACGAGCCAGAGUCCUUAACUGUGUUGAACAACAACUUGAGAACAAAGACUUUCAUUGUCGGCCACGUUCCUGCCAAGGUCGACUUGGACGUUUUUGCCAAAGUGUUGACUGUGGCUCACCAGUGGAAACUGCCAGAGGAGUACGCUCAGUUCAGACACAUUCUCAGAUGGGCCGACUUGGUUCAAAAUACUCUUGUGGAAGUGCCAGAGGAGGAGCAGUUGAAGAUCAACUUGGACACCGAGGUGCCUCGUGAAAUCAAGGAGAAGAAGAAGCCAGCCAAGGACGGAAGCGCCGCUAAGGAAUCCAAGGACUCCAAGGAGAACUCCAAGGAAGCUUCUCCUGCUGCUAAGGGUGACAAGGGCAAGAAGGAGAAGAAGCCACUCUCUGAAGAGGACAAGAAGGCUUCGGCCGAGGCCGCUAAGGCCAAGAAAGCCGCUAAGGCCAAGGCCAAGGCUGAACAGCAGGCCAAACAGGCCGCUGCUGCUGUUCCACCAAACCCAGGCAUGAUCGACUUCAGAGUCGGUUUCAUUCAGAAAGCCGUCAAGCACCCAGACGCCGACUCGUUGUACAUGUCCACCAUCGACAUGGGCGAUGAAGAGGGUCCCAGAACCGUGUGCUCGGGUUUGGUCAAGUACAUCCCCUUGGAGGAGAUGCAAGAGAGAUACGUUGUUUGUGUGGCCAACUUGAAGCCUGUCAGCAUGAGAGGCGUCAAGUCGUGUGCCAUGGUGUUGUGUGCAUCCAACGACACCACGGUGGAGUUUGUGAACCCACCUGCUGGAUCGAAGCCAGGUGACAAGAUCUUCUUUGAGGGCUACAAUGCCACUCCAGAGAAGCAAUUGAACCCCAAGAAGAAGAUCUGGGAGACUGUCCAGCCAGGGUUCAGCACCAACGAGAAAUUCGAGGUGACCUACACUGAGGAGGGUAAGGAGCCUGCCAGAUUGGUGAACGAGAAGGGCGAGCUCUGCAAGAACAGCACCAUCGUGAAGGCUGAUGUGAAAUAA